AUGAUUUGGUGGAUUGAUCAAGGGCAGUUAGCAGUGGUCGCGGGGACUGCUUUAGUCGACGUUGGAGUUGUAAAGAGGGUUGCUCUUAUUCUUUUUUCCGAUGAGAUAGUUGUAGAUCCGAAAGUUGAUUUCAAGAAAUUUGUUGCUUUUAAAGCAGCAUGUCCCGCCGUGAAACCCCUAACCCUCAAGCCCACGAGAGGGGAUACCCCUAUUAGGCUCAUUGCAUUGAAACAAGACGGUCUACUUAUGGAUACUCUAUCUUUAUCGGAUAUAAACCUAGUCUCUUGGAGUGCAAAGACUUCACCUAUGAUAUUUAGCUGUAUAUCUGAGUACCAUGUUCUUGUCAAUACAACCGUAAAAAAUGUAUGGAUUUUGAUACUACUCGCUACCUCACUCUAUCUUCAACACAACCAACCCAACAAAUUGGUAACCCGAACCCCUCUUUCUAGUGGAGUUCAUAGCUCAAAAUCAGGUUAA